AUGGGAGCUACGCAAAGUCUGGACUUUGACAUGGACUGUCAGAAACCUAUUUCAAACAUGUGCUUGGCAAAGCCCGACAAAACUCCUGAACAACCGCAGGAAAUGUUGAGGAAAAAUCGAAGUUUCAAGAAAGAAAUUGGGAGAAUAGACUCGCGGCUUGCCGUGCUAAGAACGGAGUUGGGAUCAAUUAAUAAUAAGAUAGAGAAAAACGAGGCCAAAGUAUCCAAGUCCGUCUUGCCGAGCGACCAGAAGAUUAUUGACACGACUCUGAAGCAGAAUAGUGUGCUUCUUGACCGACAAAAUAGUUUAAUCUUCGAGAUCAAGGAGCUAGAACUAGCUCAAAGUCGACUGAGGAGAACAUCUGAAGACCUGAGAGAGGAAAUGAGCAAGUACGGCGCCUGCAAUGUCAGAUUCUCUGAUUAA